AGGUCCCUUCUUAAAUGACCUCCAUAGUAAUACCUCCUUACAGCUUAAAUCAGGAGUGAUUUAAUAUGCGAUAAGUAAAGGCAGGAAAUCACUCGCAGGUUUGAGAAAAAAACGCUGUGAAUAGUAUAGGCAUACGGGCUCGCGAGUGACAUUGCUUGUUUGCGCGCAAUCUGUGACCUUUAUCACACGCACAGUUGUUGGAUAUUGCUGCAUCUAGGUUUAACAGCCGUCAAUGAUUCGGUGUCUGCUAAGAUGGUGCUGGCAGUUCGUUCGAGAGUGUUGGUGGAUAGGGCAGCCGACUAGUGAGCCUACAGCUGGGCCGGUUUGAUUCGAUUUGACCUAACGACGGAUAUGCAGGUGAUUGAGGAACAUGAAAUGGGGCCACCGGAUGUCGGAUGAAUUUUGUUUUUAGUGAAAAAGUGAAUAGCUUAGCAUAGGCUAUACAUGAGUUGUCGGCAUAUGUAUUUUUACUAGAGAAGAUCGCUGUCAGUGCGCGACAGUUGUAGAUAUCGCUACGCAACAGCAUUUUCCAGUGCCCGCGGCUCGCCUGCCAUUCAUUCUACUGCAAGCGAAGAACUGUAGUACCCCUGAACUGAACAAGUAUCCGCAAAAGGGGUGUUACACAAAGGCAUUCGAUCUCUGCAAAUUCUAAAUUUAACAAUCGCAAUGGGCAGAGACACAGAUAAUAAGGACAAGGUUCCGUUGAUCGAGCACCUGUCAACAAAUGGCCGGGGUAGCACUGGGCAUCCUGCAGGUGUAAAUCGCGCGCUCUACAAGUAUAUUCCGUUGACUAUCAUUGUCCUACAAACCACCGUAAUGGUUUUAUUGCUUCGCUAUUCAAAAACGCAAAAGCUAAACGAAGGCCAAGGAAGAUAUCUGUCAUCGACCGCAAUUGUUGUUAGCGAAGUGUUUAAAUUGACCGUGUGCUUCGCUGUGUUAUCGUACCGGGGCAGUGUAAACGAACAAGGCGUAAUUGGCAGGAGUAGUGGCGGUCUCAGCGGUCUAUUACGGACACUGCGUUGCGAAGUCUAUGGAAAACCUAUGGAAACUUGCAAACUGCUUGUACCUGCCGGUCUAUAUACGAUGCAAAAUAAUCUACUGUUCCUCGCUCUGAGUCGACUCGAUGCAGCAACGUAUCAGGUAACUUACCAGCUGAAGAUAUUGACAACGGCGCUGUUCAGUGUCCUGCUGCUCAAACGACGUCUCUCGUUGCAACAGUGGAUCUCAUUGAUUAUGCUUAUGUUUGGUGUGGCACUCGUCCAGUUGCCAGCGGACUAUAAAAUUGGCGAAGGUUCCAGUAAUGAGGUGGAUUCUAGCGGAAUGACGCUCAGUCGGCUAGUGGGCUUAGCAGCUGUCUUACUAGCGAGCCUGUCGUCUGGCUUUGCUGGGGCAUUCUACGAACGUCUACUCAAACGGUCUACACAGGAACUGUGGAUUCGCAACACCCAGCUAGCUCUGUUCGGGAUUCUUCUUGGGGCGGGAGCUGUUAUUAUCAUGGACCUAGAACGCGUUCUCGAAGGAGGAUUUUUGCAGGGUUACGAUGCUAUUACGUGGGCGGUGAUUUUGCUACAGGCGUUUGGCGGCCUGGCGGUAUCAUACGCAACGAAAUACGCCGAUUCGAUAUUGAAGGGCUUCGCUACUUCGAUUUCUAUCAUUUUGUCAACAAUAACAGCAUGGUGCAUUCUCAACGAUUUUGAGCCUUCUAUGAAUUUCUUUAUUGGAACGACAAUUGUUAUCGCAGCGACAGUUCUGUUCGCAAUGCCCGUGAAGAAAUGAGAAGACGAUGUGUCCUGACGUUUAACAGUCUCCCGUCCGACAUGACCAGUUGCUCAGUUGACAUCAAUGUCAAUACAGUGUUAACGGCUAACCUGGGCUGUUUUCGCCAGUGGAUAUGGUUUUGUGUGCCUCUACACAUUAUGCUAACCUAGUCGAGUUUCUGAUUGUUACAACAGGUUAAGUUAAAUCACGUUUGACAUAGUGGCUUACGUAGACACUAGCAUCUCCUUCCACAGUUGUACAUAUGCUAGCACGAAUAUAAGAAAGCGAGGUCGCUACACCCAUUAUUUCACUCUUCACUAGCCUCUCUUUAUGCAGUGUAAACGAAAAGGGAAGCAACGCCGACUGAUUGAUAGAUUAAGAUCUGGCUAAAUAAUCGUUUGUAUGUACAUACUGUACAUAGAAAAGGUGCGGCCUGUUUUGGGAGUGAUUGUCAUAACAAGCGAUUGGAUAAACCGACCGAUAACGGAACUAGUGACGUAUUUUUCAUAGGUAGCCGUCCAGUUUGAUAUAUUUAGAAAUAAAAUAUUUAAUAUCCAAUGUCCAGAUAUUUUAGCUAGCUGAGGUUUCUGAUGUGCCGUUGGCCUGUCGUAUCAGAAUGAUAGUGACUGAUGUUAAGAGCUCUGAAGAUGCAGAUGACUGUAAAAAUAACUUUUUAAUAAGGUUAUUUGCUUAGUUUGUGGUUAUUCCAAUCUAGAACAUAGUGCCAAGUUUAUAACUACUGAUCCUGAUUUCUUUCUUUUUAAUUCUAUUUUCCUAAUAUUCUAUAUUUUCUAGGAUAUUCGAAAAAUGGCUAUCUGGAAUACAUAAUGUUCCUGUUACAUAAUAUAGUGCACUCAUGAUGUGUGUUCUCACUUAUGUGUAUUGUACCGAUUAAGGUAAUAAAUAAAUACUAAACGUUAUUAUAAACAAUAAACAGACUAUUUCGAACAAUAUUUCAAAAUAUUUUGACCAAGACCCGGCAGCUAGAUAUGGCUAUAAACAAAAACAUUCGACUGAUGUUCUUCUUAUGAAUGUUCUAAUUAGGAGCUGUGGCAGUGGUCCAGGUGUAUAGAUAAAUAUAAAAAAUGAAUAUUUCAAGAGUUUAUUACAUCAGGAUCCAUACUUUAAUUAAAAGGUUGUAAAUUUAGUUACCAUUCGCGUGCACCCGUAGAAUAAGCUAAAUGUGUUUUGAAACGUGAGAUUCUUUACGGUUAAGUAGGCUUACGUCUGGCUUGAACGACCAAAAGACACUUAACUGUAAUCAGUUAGUUUUAGAUAAAUGAUCUGAAACGAAUGUAGAGGGCUAGAGAAAUUUUAUCAAAAGCAAAAUCUCCGACUUACUAUAAAUGACUAGACCUAACAUAAAUAUGAUUUAUUAUCAUGUUUGGUCUUCUUUAUGGACCUCAUCAUGUAAGAUCAUAUGGACGCAUAUCUAUAAUAUAUGUAAUCCCCAUGCCUUUGAUAUCUAUGCUAAAUGGGAUCGUAACCAUUUUGAAAUAUAACGUUUCCUCGAACUUCA